UCGCGGGACCUGAGCCAUUUUCUCCUUCCCUCGUUCACUAUAAAUACAUAGCUCGAGUGAAGCUAGGUUUGCCGAAUUGGGCAGCGAAACGCAGCUUACACAAAAAGAAAAGGAAAAAAACCCUUCCCUCUCUUUCUCUCUCUUUCAGUCUCCAAUCUUGUCUCUCUAAAAUCUCAACCCGAUCAACAAACAUGGCAGCAGCAAGUUCUAGAAGAUCAUCAUGCGGCCCAGUCAUCCGCUCCGCUUCACCCGCUGGAAGAUUCCACAACACUCAGUAUUCGUCCUCCUCAGCCUUCGCCUCCUCCACUUCCAGCUUCUCUUCCCGCUCCUCCACUUUCUUCCAGCGCCCCACCUCUCCCACGCGCCUCAACCUCGCCAGGUCCUCAUCCUCCGCCCAGUCCGUACGCUUCUCCCUCGACCGCCCCAUCUCCCCAAGCCGCUCCAUCUCCGUCACUCCACAUGGCAACGGCAACCAUCACAACGCCGUGAAGAGCCGUCAGAUCAGCAACCAGAAGCGCACCUGUAUGUGUUCCCCUACGAAUCACCCCGGUUCGUUCCGUUGCAGCCUCCACAAGAACUUCAGCUCCCACGUGACCGCUUCGGCGCCCUACUCGCAGAACCGCCUCAACGCUCGGAGAUCGGCGAUGACGAACUCGCUCGUGAGAAUCGGCGGCGUCGAAGGCGAUCUGGUGCGGCGCGCUUUGUCGGCUCUGAUUCGCCCCUCUUCCCACAGCCAAAGGAGAAGAGCCGAUUUCCGGCCCAGGCCCAGCCGGCUCUCCACCAUGUCCAAGUCACACGAGUAAUUGGAAAAAUUAAUUUUGAAAUUAAAAUCGAAACUUGAGUCCUUUAGAUCCUGAGCUUUUGUUGCACAUCCUUUGAGAUCUUCCGGCGAGGUGAGGCCGCGGUCGGCGGCGAUGAAGGGUCAGGAUCCGGCGAAAGUGUGAGUGAUCUGACCGAUUGGUGACCGAAGUGCUACAGCUAGGGGAAUAUGAUGAUAUGAAUCGAUACGAUACCUAGCUAUGAUUCUGUAUAUAUAAAUACGCAUAUAUUUGUAUGAGUGGCGCGCCUUUGUUGGCUGCUCCAAGCUUUCUGGGACCUUAUUAAACUUCCAUAUAAGCAUAAAUUUAGCAGGCAAAAUUAAAAUCGAAGCAAGCAGAUUUCAUUACUUGGCUUGGGUUUGGCAAUUGGCACUACUAGUUAGUUGAGCCCAUUUCUUCAACUUCUCCGGGUUGGUUUUCCGUUAGCCAUUCAAUCAGCAGCGUGUGCGUUCUCCGUUAGUUUUGACGUGUUCCGUUAUCCGUUUUGCCGUGACGGUAGGCGUAUACGUAUCAUCAUGCGUCUUGUCUGCUAUAUUGUGGGUUGACCGUAUGUUCCUUCCGUUUACCCCGUACCAGGUCCUGGAUUCAUAGGGCUUUCGGAGGGAGGUAUGUAAAUCUCCGUGGAAUUCGCACGGAUUGGAUUGGACUGCAAUUUAUUUGAGAAAUUGGGGCUGGAAAAUGCUAAUUGGAUGAGCUUUGGAGGGAAGGAUAAUUGGACUAAAACGAAUCUAAUGAAUGCUCUUUUUAAAAUUAAUGAACAGUACAAUUAACUUAAAUUAGAAAAGAAAAAAAGAAUAAAGUUGGGGAUUUGUUCAUGAUGAUGAUCAGCUGGUGCCGGGCACCUGAGGGUAGCAUAUGAUGUGAAGCAAAAAAGCAACAGAAGUUUAAAAAUUGCUAAAUGAAUUAUGGACGAUGACGAUGAA